GUUCUCGAUCGAUGCGACGACGAAAACAGAUAUCAAUUGUACAAGAAGAAGGUUGUCUUCCAUAGCUCAAAGAUAGCUGAACUCAAGUCCAAAGCUGCCAAUGAAAGCCUCCUGCAAACAUCUCAUGUUGAAGCUGUGACUGCGCUCUUGUGGAAGUGUGUGUUGAAAAUCCUGCACGGGGUUCAACACAAGACUUGCAUCCAACUUAAAAUCAAUUGGCAAUAGGCUAUCAACCUACGAAAGAGGAUGGCACUACCCUUGAUUGAGGACUCAAUGGGGAACCUUGUUGCAAGCUUUGCUGCACAAACUGAAACCGGGGACAUUUCCCUGCCAAUCUUAGUCAAUGAACUUCGUAGGAAGAAAGAAGAAUUCUGCCAAAAGUUAGCCGAAAUUAGAGAGGACAAUCCAGCUUCUGGCCUUUUUAGGUGUACCAAAGAUGCAAGGGACCUUUAUAACAAAAGGAAUGAGAUCAACAUCUACAUGUCUAGUAGCUGGUGCAAAUUCCCACUAUAUGAAGCUAAUUUUGGGUGGGGGAAGCCAAGUUGGGUUGUUCCUGUUCCACUACAUCUUGUUAAAAACUUGAUUAUAUUGAUGGAUACAAAAGAUGGUGAGGGUAUAGAAGCAUGGGUGAUCCUGAGUGAAGAAGAGAUGGCGUACGUUCUUUGAACAUAAUGAGGACCUGCUCGCAUUUGCUUCUUUGAAUCCAAGUGUCUCUGAUUAACCUUUUGUCUACAUUUAUCUAUCAGUAUCUAUUUUUAUGUUUGUAUAUUAUAAAAAUAACAAAUAUCA